AUGCCGCUCUCGGACUACCACGUCAUCGGCCUAGUGGGCGAGGGCUCCUUUGGCAAGGUGUACAAGGGGCGCCGCCGCUACUGCGGGCAGGUCGUCGCCAUCAAGUUCAUCCCGACCGUAGGCCACAGCGCCGCCGAGUUGGCGGCGUUGCGGCAGGAGAGGGACAUUCUCCGGACGCUGCGCCACCCAAACAUCGUGCAGAUGCUCGACUGCUUCGAGACGGAGGACGCACUCUGCGCCGUCACCGAGUUUGCGUCGGGCACCCUCUUCGAGGUGCUCCAGGGCGACACUGCGCUCCCCGAGGCGGCGGUCCUGCCAAUCGCGGCUCAGCUCGUCGACGCGCUCCACUACCUGCACUCCCACCGCGUGAUCCACCGCGACAUGAAGCCACAAAACAUCCUGCUCGGCGCCAACUCGCGCGUCAUGCUCUGCGACUUUGGCUUCGCUCGCGCCAUGUCGCAGCAAACCACGGUGCUCGCAUCGAUAAAGGGCACGCCGCUCUACAUGGCGCCGGAGCUCUUGCAGGAGCAGCCUUACGACCACACAGCCGACCUGUGGGCGCUGGGCGUCAUACUGUACGAGCUCUACGUCGGCCGGCCGCCGUUCGACACCCACAACUUCUUCGCGCUAGUCUCGAUGAUUGUUUCGAAAGACGUCUCGCGGCCGGAAAACGCCUCGCUCCCCUUUGGCUCGCUCCUCGAAGGUCUGCUCACCAAGGACCCGCGCCGGCGCCUCUCGUACCCGGCGCUGCUCCACCACCCCUUCCUCCGA